GCCUUCAUAAGGGCCACCGAAGCCCUGAUGAGAUCCUCAAGCAGGCACUCGCAAGGCCUCUAUCCAUUCGUUUAAAUCUUAUCAGAUAAUCACCAUGUUGUUUCGACAGUUUCUUGGAUCGCUUGCAGCGUUCACUUCGCUUGCAACGGCUGCCAAUCUUACCGACUAUGAAUACGUUGUAGUAGGGUCUGGAGCCGGAGGAGGGCCCUUAGCUGCCAGGCUUGCGCUUGCUGGCCACAAAACGCUUCUCAUCGAAGCCGGCGAUGACCAGGGUGCAAGCAUCAACUACACCGUCCCAGCAUACAAUGCAAGGAUCUCAGAAGAUCCGAACCUGGCAUGGAACUUCUUCGUCCGUCACUACGCCGAUGAGAAGCGACAAGCCCGCGACUACAAGACAACAUAUCAGACACCAGAUGGUGGUGAAUACACUGGCCUCAGCCCUCCUGCUGGAUCCACAAUGAAGGGAACUCUAUACCCACGCACAGGAAGCUUAGGAGGUUGCACGGCGCACAACGCUCUCAUCGCCCUCUAUCCCCACAACUCCGACUUCGAGUACAUUGCAAGCCUAACAGGCGACGCGUCUUGGUCGUCUGAUAGCAUGCGCAAGUACUUCACCAAGCUAGAGAACAACCAUUAUCUACUCCCUGGCGCUCCAGGCCACGGCAACGAUGGCUGGCUCGGAACAUCAUAUUCCCCCCUGGAAAUCGUUACGAAUGAUCCGCAGCUCCUCAGCGUUGUCGGUGGAGCAGCAUUUGCCCUUGCAAACGAGACAAACACCGUCAUCAACCUAGGAACUUUGCUGGCUGGGGAUGCAAACGCGGAUACCCCAACGCGUGAUACUACGCCGGCACUUUAUCAGAUCCCACUCUCGACCACCGAUGGUAAACGCACGGGAUCCCGCGAGUUCGUCCUGGCUGUUCGCGAUGCCAAAACGGCCAAUGGCACCAAGAGGUAUCCCCUCGAAGUCAGACUGAAUAGCCAUGUCACAAAGAUCACGUUUGAUCAGUCUGUCUCUCCUCCCCGCGCAACGGGUGUGGAGUUCUUGGAUGGUCAGUAUCUAUACAAGGCCAGCCCUAAGUCGACUGGCGCUGCUGGAACACCCGGCGCUGUGACUGCUUCGCGAGAGGUCAUUGUCGCAGGAGGAACCUACAACUCACCUCAACUCCUCAAGCUCAGCGGUGUCGGGCCCGCAGCUGAAUUGAAGAAGUUCAACAUCCCCGUCGUCGUGGAUCUGCCAGGUGUUGGUACCAACCUUCAAGACCACUACGAGAUCAACGUCCAGGGUAAAGCGCCAUCCAACUUCUCCGCCUUGAAUGGGUGCACCUUCGAUGAAAGCGCGCAAGAUGCCUGUCUUGAACGCUGGCAGACAUCCGUUGCUGGAAGCCGUGGUAUCUAUGCCUCGCCCGGCCUAGGCGCCGCCAUGUUCUACAAGAGCAGUGCGACCGAGCGCAACGAAUACGACGUCUUCGUCUUCGGUGGGCCAGUCAACUUCCGUGGUUAUUUCCCCAACUACAGCGUGAAUGCCACAAAAGAGCACGACUGGUUCACCUGGGCGAUUCUGAAGGCUCACCCCCGCAACAAUGCUGGCUCUGUGACGCUACGCUCCGCCGACCCUCUCGAUGUCCCGGAUAUCACGUACAACUACUUCGACACUGGCAGCGGCGACUCCUCGGCUGAUAUUACAGCACUGUCUGAAGCCGUCGCGCUCGCUCGUGACUCCUUCAAGCGCCAAGUCGUCCCCAUCAAGGAGGUGCUUCCCGGAGCGGACGUUACGUCCCCAGAGGCUGUUGCCGACUACGUCAAGGACACCGCAUGGGGACAUCACGCAUCGUCGACGUGCCCUAUUGGCGCUGACAACGACCCGUUAGCCGUCCUUGAUUCCAAGUUCCAGGUUAGAGGAACGACUGGAUUGCGCGUUGUGGAUGCGUCUGUUUUCCCCAGGAUUCCAGGAACAUUCACGGCCGUGUCCACGUACAUGAUUGCGGAGAAAGCCGCGGAUGUCAUUUUGAGCCAACUCGCUGCUCAGUAAAGAAAGUAGUUGAGUGUGGUCAACAUAAAGUAAACUUAUAUAUAUAUUCGCUGUAUAAUCUAUCCAUUGUUCUCUAGCAU